AUGACCGAUGAGCAGCUGCCCCUCAAGGAGAUGUCUGACAACCACAACAGCCCUCUCCUGCCAGGGCCUCUUUCCAGCAGACACAAACUCUACGAGUCAGAGCCGAGCAGCCCUACCUGGCCGUCUAGCCCCCAGGAUACACACCCAGCCCUGCCCCUGCUGGAAAUGCCUGAAGAAAAGGAUCUCCGAUUAUCUGAUGAAGACAGCCACAUUGUGAAAAUUGAAAAACCCAGUGAAAGGAACAAAAGGAAAGGGAGCAAGGUGUCCCACAGGGGCUCUGCAGACCGGGGAGGCUUCAGCCUCUUCCAAGCAGUGAGCUACCUCACGGGGGAGAUGGAGGAGUACAGGAACUGGCUGAAAGAUAAGCCCCUGGCCUUCCAGUUCGUAGACUGGAUCCUGAGGGGAGCCGCUCAGGUGAUGUUCGUCAACAACCCUCUCAGUGGGCUCCUCAUCUUCAUCGGGCUUCUGAUCCAGAAUCCCUGGUGGACCAUUGCUGGGGCUCUGGGGACAGUGGUCUCCACCUUAACUGCCCUCGCCUUAAACCAGGACAGAUCAGCCAUUGCCGCAGGACUGCACGGCUACAAUGGUACGCUGGUGGGACUGCUGGUGGCCGUGUUCUCUGAGAAGUUGGACUACUACUGGUGGCUUCUGUUCCCUGUGACCUUCACAGCCAUGGCCUGCCCAGUUAUCUCCAGUGCGCUGAGCACCAUCUUCAGCAAGUGGGACCUGCCAGUUUUCACGCUGCCCUUCAACAUCGCUGUGACUCUGUACCUGGCAGCCACAGGCCACUACAACCUCUUCUUCCCCAUGACGCUAGUAGAGCCUGUGUCGUCGGUACCCAAUAUCACCUGGACAGAGAUUGAAAUGCCCUUGCUGUUACAAGCCAUCCCCGCUGGGGUUGGCCAGGUGUAUGGCUGUGACAACCCCUGGACCGGCGGCAUGAUCCUGGUGGCUCUGUUCAUCUCCUCCCCGCUCAUCUGCUUACACGCAGCCAUCGGGUCCAUCGUGGGGAUGUUAGCAGCCCUGACGGUGGCCACGCCCUUCGAGACAAUCUACAUGGGCCUCUGGAGCUACAACUGCGUCCUCUCCUGCAUCGCCAUCGGGGGCAUGUUCUACGCCCUCACCUGGCAGACCCACCUGCUGGCACUUGUCUGUGCUCUGUUUUCUGCAUACAUGGGAGCAGCCCUUUCUAACAUGAUGGCGGUGGUGGCUGUGCCAUCAGGCACCUGGGCCUUCUGUAUCUCUACCCUCAUCUUCCUGCUUCUGACGACCAACAACCCAGCCAUCUACAAGCUCCCACUCAGCAAGGUCACCUACCCAGAGGCCAACCGCAUCUACUACCUGACAAUGAAAAGCAGUGAAGAAGAGAAGUCUCCCAGCGGUGACUAGCCAGCUCCGGGCAGAGAUGCUCUGCCCAGACCUUCUGUUCUCAACUCUGGGUCAAGCAGCUCAGUGCUUCCUUCUUUGCCUUUUCUUGCACCUGUAUGGAAUCAGACACACCUGUCAUUCCCCAUCCCUGUGGCUGACCUCUCUCUGUCCAAAUCCUCACAAUUGUCCUCAUAAUGGCCACGUUCAAGGAAGUCAGGGAUGAGAUUGCAGAGUUAAAGGAAGAAGCAUGUUUUACAUGUUGUUGUUGUACAACAAAAAUAUUAAGUCUUUUGGAAAGGUGACUGAAAGGUGAUCUUCUUGGACUGUUUAA